UCUUCGUUCAAGCGAUCAAGUUGUUUGUUUCUCUAUUUUCGUAACGCUUUCGAGUCUUAUUGCAAGCCACAAAAAUAAUCAAAGUUAUUAACGAUAAUAUCGCGAGUUCAAUUACAAUAUUUGCAUAUAAAUUAAUCAAGUAAUUGAGUGUAUUGUUUGUAAACGAAAUUAAAAUUGAAAGCGUGAUUAAGUAAAAGUGAAUCGGUAUGGCUGAAGCCCAUUCCGCCGUUGCCUUCUCGUUUGCGAUCACGCACGAGGGCUUCGACAUCAACUAUGACCAUGAGGUGCUUAAUCUUGUGUGGAACUCCGGCGUGCGCUCCUGGAAGAAGCGCAUGGCACGUGCCCGGAACGGCAUUCGGAAUGGUGUGUAUCCGGCGCACAUACAAAGCCUUUGGCUGAUCACUGCCAUUGCGCUGGGAUUGCACUUUGCCGGCUAUCAGGCACCCUUCAAUCUGACCAACAGACUUUUGGUGCAUCUGCCGAGCAACACAAUGAACUGGCAGAUCACCGCGUGCUUUUUGGCGGCACUCGUUAUCUGGCUUUCCAUAUGCUUUACGAUGCGUUACACGCUGAAACUGUUGCUCAUCUACAAGGGCUGGAUGUAUGAGUCAAGAGCGCCAGGCAGUCGUGUAUCCAUACCCACCAUGCUCUGGGUGGCAGUGGUCCGUGUCCUCUCCAGCUGGAAUAAGCCAGGCCUAUACAGUUUUCAGGGCUCGUUGCCACGCCUGCCAUUGCCCUCCGUGAAGGAUACAAUGACACGUUAUCUUCGUUCAGUGCGUCCACUCCUCGAUGAUGACAACUACAAACGCAUGGAGGGAUUGGCUAAGGAGUUUGAGCAAACGAUUGGCAAGAAACUGCAAUGGUAUCUGAUAUUAAAGAGCUGGUGGUCCACAAACUACGUCUCAGAUUGGUGGGAGGAGUACGUCUACCUGCGCGGUCGCAGUCCACUCUGUGUCAACAGCAAUUUCUAUGGCACCGAUGCCAUCUUCAUGAAUCUCACCAAUGUUCAGGCAGCGCGUGCUGCCAAUGUCAUCUCAUUGCUGCUCAACUUUAGACGCCUGAUUGAGCAUCAGGAACUGCAGCCAAUUAUGGUGCAGGGCAUGAUUCCACUCUGCUCCUGGCAAUAUGAACGCACCUUCAACACGGCUCGCAUACCUGGACUCGAGACGGAUCGUAUUGUCCACUACAGGGACUCCAAUUACAUUGUGGUUCUGCACAAGGGAUGCUACUACAAGAUGAUCAUCUACUACAAGGGACGCAUUCUUCGUCCUUGCGAGCUGCAAGUUCAAAUUGAAGAUAUAAUGAAGGCCAAGGCCACUCCAGUGGAUGGUGAGGAGCAUUUGGCUGCUUUGACCGCCUGGAAUCGCUCCAAGUGGGCCGAGACACGCAACACGUUCUUCUCGCGGGGCGUUAAUCAUGUUUCAUUGCGUACCAUUGAAUCCGCUGCCUUUGUGCUCUCACUCGACGAGGAGCCUUUUGAGUUCGAUCUGAAGCGUCCGGAGCUGUUGGACUCGUUUGGCAAGAAGCUGCUUCAUGGCAAUGGCUAUAAUCGUUGGUUUGACAAAUGCUUCACCGUCUGCGUCGGCAGCAAUGGAAGAGUUGGCUUUAAUGCCGAGCACACUUGGUCUGAUGCUGCCAUCGCCUCACACAUGUGGGAGAAUCUGAUCGUUGAUGAUCUUGUAUCGGACGGAUAUGAUGAGGCUGGCAAUACAAAAGGCACACCCGAGUUCCAGCCCCCAACGCCAACGCGUCUUAACUGGGAUCUGAAGCCGUGUCUGGCACAGAUUGAGGAGGCAACCGUCUGUGCCACCAAGCUGAUCAAUGAGGUCAAUCUGCGCAUAUUGGUGCACCAGGAGUACGGCAAGGGAUUCAUGAAGAAGUGUCGCCUUUCGCCUGAUGCCUACAUACAGAUGGCCCUGCAGUUGGCCUAUUAUCGCGAUGCUGGACGCUUCUCGCUAACCUAUGAGGCCUCCAUGACACGCCUGUUCCGUGAAGGUCGCACUGAAACUGUGCGUCCCUGCACCAUUGAGUCGGCUGCGUGGGUCAAGGCGAUGCAGGAUCCCAGCACAACGAAUGAUCAUCGUGUGCAACUGCUGAAGGAUGCCUGCGAUCGCCAUCAGUUGGGCUAUCAGGAUGCCAUGUGUGGACGUGGCAUUGAUCGUCAUCUGUUCUGUCUGUAUGUGGUGUCCAAGUACCUGGAAGUUGAUUCACCCUUCCUCAACGAGGUGCUCAGCGAACCCUGGCGUCUGUCCACUAGUCAAACUCCUCAUGGCCAAACGCCCAAAAUGGAUUUGAAGAAGCAUCCAAAUUGCAUCAGUGCCGGCGGUGGCUUUGGACCCGUUGCGGAUGAUGGUUAUGGUGUAUCCUAUAUUAUAGCUGGUGAAAAUUUGAUUUUCUUCCAUAUCUCAGCAAAGACCACGUGUCCGAUAACCGAUGUAAAUCGAUUUUCGGAGCACAUUUGCCAGGCUUUGGCCGAUAUUCGUUCAAUGUUUGAGCAGCACAUGAAGGAUCAUCCCAAGCCCGCCAAGACAAUCACAAAUGGCAAAUCUACAUAAUCCAUAGUCCUAUUUGUAGUGAAACUCUUGCGAGAUUCUUGUUAGCAUUUGUUUUUACUUUUCUAGUUAUUCGUUUUUACAAUCAUCAUACAUAUUGUCUAUUGUAAGUUUUCCAUUUAAGUGCAAAAGUGCUUGAAGAAGUUCUAAAACAAAAUUCAUGCGAGAUGAGCAAUGCAAUUUUAUACAUAAAAAAAACAACAGAAAAACAUAACUAAAUGAUGAAUUUGUGUGACAACUUGGCUGACUUUUAAGAUCUAGUUUUAGCAACUUUUUGCACAAUUUGCUGUUUCUCAAUUAAUUAGUAUGUAAAUGCAAAACGUUUAUGUAACUUAAGUAGUAGAAAAAUAAAUAUAUGUAUAAAGCAUCA